GUCAAGAUCCCAGCCGGUACCAUGCAGCGCUUUGCAGAUCAAGUCGCCAUCAUCACGGGUGGCGCUGACGGCCUUGGCCGGAGCAUUGCGGCACGGCUGUCAAAUGAGGGUGCUGCCGUGGCCAUCUUUGAUUUUAAUGAAGUCAAGAUGGCUGAAGUCAAGGCGGAGCUAGAGGCAGCUGGCCGCCGAGUGGCGACUUUAAAGGUCGACAUCUCCGACGAGGAUGCUGUGCGCCAGGCCAUCGAGCAGGUUGUCGAGCAAUUUGGUCGCCUUGAUAUCACCAUCAACUGUGCCGGCAUCGUUGGCCCCACUGGCAAGAAACUCCAGGACAUUGAGGGGGCUGACUUUGACAAGGUGAUCGCCAUCAACCUGCGUGGCAGCUUCAACAUGACCAAGUAUAGUCUCCCCCAUAUGCUCAAGAACAACUACGGCCGCAUUUUGCUCAUCGCCUCCAUUGCGGGCAAGGAAGGCAAUGCUGGCAUGUGCGCCUAUUCGACCAGCAAGGCCGGUGUCAUUGGCCUCACCAAAUCCGUGGGCAAGGAAUAUGCAGAGACUGGCAUCACUGUCAAUGCGCUCGCCCCUGCCGUCAUCCGCACCGCCAUGGUCGAAGGCAUGCCCGCCGAGCAGGUCAAGUACAUGACGGACAAGAUUCCGAUGAAGCGCUGCGGUGCGCUCGAUGAAGUGGCUUCCACUGCAGCUUUCAUCGUUAGCAAGGAAGCAUCCUUCAACACUGGCUUUUGCUUUGAUCUGACGGGUGGUCGUGCCGUCUACUAAGUAGUUGUCAACGCGUCUCCUUUGCUGUUCCUCAUGCUGGCAUUCCAUGAAUGCCAACCAGCUGAGCGUUGCCUUCAAACCGAUCACCCUCAAGUUG